AUGUCGGCACGUGCAGCUUUUGGAAGAUGGUGCUGCUCACGUGAGUGGUUCUCUGAUGCCGAAAGCAAAAACUCUGCGACCGCUCUAGCGUCCUCCUUUACCAACGAGUUAAAUUCUGCUGUUGAUAGGUUAUUCCCGUCUAAGGUUAUUAGAAUUCAUAACUCUGACAAACCAUGGAUGACGCCUGUAUUAAAAAAACUGAUUUAUCAAAGGCAAAAAGCCUUUCAUUCUGGUAACCUUGACCUCUGGCGUCACUAUAGACUUAAAGUCCGAAACGACAUAGGAGUGAAAAAGCGUGCAUAUUAUACGAACAAGGUACAACACCUAAAAUCCAGUGACUCCAGAAAAUG